ACAUCCUCUCCCUCUUACUGCGUUCUGAAAUGUGAACACUUCUUUGCUGGUUUCGAGUUAGUGUAGCUGUGCCGUCCUUUCAGUACUCCUCAAACUCAAGGCAGAUCUACUGCACGACACUUGGUCACAUACAACCAGCGAACUCGCUUGCAUCAGUGCUAUCUCGGAGAGGUCCCAAUUACGCGAUCCAAAACCACUCGAACCAUGCACAUCUACCAUGUAGGCAUGGCGUAACCAACCCUUCCCAGAUGCGUCGGCAAGGCAGACAUGAGCCCGUUGCUCCAACAAAAUCCUCGACGAUGGCUCACAGCGAAGCGUGGCACAACUUUGCGAUCGCAUUGGUUGGAUUAACGUGGUUGUCAUCUACGCAUGCGCAGCGGUUUCGAUCGCCAUGGCUACACGAGGUGGAGAACCUGGAGGCAGAGCCUGGGUAUCGGAGCAUCACUUUGCGGUGGAAGUACCCUCAUGUGCCCGAACCUUUCGCCUUCCGUGUUCAAGUGUGUGAAGUCUUGCCAUGGCAGCCACGUGCAAGGUGUCGUGUUCGAAGCCUGGAAGUUCCCAGUCGAGUGGGCCAGAGACGUUUCGGUGAUUUCUCCAUCGAUGCAAAGGAGCCAGGCCACGAUACGUUACGUCGGGGCGCCAGGAAAGGCUGGUACCAAGCCCAGAUCCAAGACCUGCGCAUGCUGUCCAAUUACACAGUUGCAGUUGAGCCGGACUUUGGAUCGAGCCGGAAUUCUCUGCUGUACGCUUCAUCCGCUGUUGAUGAGGACAGACUCCAGUUGAUCACCUCGGAGUUUACGACUGUCACAACCAAAGGAUUUGCCGCACGUGCCGAGCGUUGUUUGGCAAACUCUUCCGAAGUUGUCGUUCGCACCGGUCCAUACUUCGCCGGGAAGAUUGCCGUCGAAGACGCCCCGGAAGCGUGCUCCGUCGUUGGAAACCCGGCCUCGCCCCUGGAUGCGUACACUCUCCUUAUUGAUCACAAGCUCUGCCGAAGUCGUAUUGUGAACCAGUCAAAAAUUGAGACCAAUAUCAUUGUGCACGAAAAUCGCGAUAUCAUCACCCACAACACUAGGCGAUAUCUCGUCGUGUGCAGCUUCGUUCCUGACACCUAUACCAUCACAGCCUCAGUGAGCCUUCCUACACUGAACAAGAAGAAGACCCUAGUUGGAAAAGAUCUCGUUCCAGAAGUGUUAGACCCAAACGAGGUGUUCACCUACAAGGACAGUCACGUUGAAGAUUCAAGGAUUGCGGCAGAACAACACAGCCUCAUCAGAGACAGCCCUCGAUUGGAAUCCGGUUCCAGCAGCCAUGCCGUCCUUAUGGUAGUGCUCGUCGCGAUGGGGCUGGUGGGUUGCGGAGUUGCCGUCUGGUACGCCAUGCGCAGCCCCAACUCGCCGUCGCUGCCAUCUUCGAAGCAACCUCUGUGCUCGCAGCGGGACUUGAGUCUGUCCACGGAGGAGAAAGAACACGACUGUACCGUCGUCAGCUUCGUCACCAUCGCGGGACAACCUGUUGCUGUGUUACCAGAUACUUCAGUGAGCGAAGCUUAACGGGGGUGAACCACAGCGCAACCAUUGCACGUCAUAGGAAACAUCCUUGUCUGGUCAAAGCAGCCACAUAGCACUCCCUGUAUCGACUGAAGAACUUGAAAGGUGUUACCUUGCUACCUGGUCGGAUGAAUUCAUCGAAAAUGCAACCGCGUCGGUAGGGCGCUAUGUUUGCAAUGUCACGUGAUUGCAGUCCUGAGAACGCGUGCAUUGUUCUCUCAAGGACCCCAGGUGAUAUUCUGUACUUAUAGGAACAGUUCUUAGACAUUAUGGAAUGAAUUUGCCGUCGUUUGUUGCGCAUAAUAAUUUGCAGUAGCUUAUAGACGCAUCAGUUCCGCUCAGCGGCCUAACCAGCUUGCACUAGUGGAGUUGCAUCGAAUACUAAUUUCCAAAAACGAGAGCUUAAUUAUGUCGUGCCUCAAGUUCCGGUGUUGCCUGCAACUUUCAUAGCGUACACUGUCUACACUAAUGAGUGUCAUGGAGAUUCUAAUGUGUGGUGCUACAGAACACGGAAUGCCACCUGAUGACACUAGGUUCUUGUUUCUAGCUAUUUGAAUCAACCAUGCCAAAUCUAGUCUAGGCAAUUCACAGUCUUGCUCUGCAAGAAAAACAAAACAAAACAAAAAAACACAUUCUUGCAUUUUGCUCACUUUUAUCGCACGCGAUGCUUUUUCCUCUCCAUUCUUUCACUGCUCUUGCGAAGCACCGCUUGCUUAAAAAUUGUUUUAUGUCCUGUUACAGGAAAGUACUUGUUCAUCCCACGUUUCCACAAUACCCUUAUUUAUUCUGUCACAUUUCAUUUUCACGGAAUAAAGUGUCGUCAACUGGAAA